UUCAGAACGCUGAUUUUUGGUUUCGUUUAUGGAAUAGCUAGCAUAAACUGCUGGGCUAGCCAGCUGCUUAGCAUAGUGUAGUGUGUCAUUGAUCUAGCUACAGUCUAUGAAUUAAAAGCUUGCUAGAUCACAAAGUAAGGUGUAUGUAGAUAGAUGACACCACGUAGACAUCGAUAGCAUGCAACAAAAGGUAAUUUUAUCUCUGCAUUCUAGCAUGAACGCAAUAGCUAGCUAGCAUGCCCGGCUAAAUUUCAAGUUGAACUUCAUGUUAUGAGAGGAAUGCAUAUAUUUCCACGCUGAUUUUUGGUUUCGUUUAUGGAAUAGCUAGCAUAAACUGCUGGGCUAGCCAGCUGCUUAGCAUAGUGUAGUGUGUCAUUGAUCUAGCUACAGUCUAUGAAUUAAAAGCUUGCUAGAUCACAAAGUAAGGUGUAUGUAGAUAGAUGACACCACGUAGACAUCGAUAGCAUGCAACAAAAAGGUAAUUUUAUCUCUGCAUUCUAGCAUGAACGCUAUAGCUAGCUAGCAUGCCCGGCUAAAUUUCAAGUUGAACUUCAUGUUAUGAGAGGAAUGCAUAUAUUUCGAUCAAUCGCUUAGCUCUGAUUUAUUCCUAUAAACUAGCUAUUGCCAAAAGCAUGUUGACUUUCUGAUUGUAUUAGUCAUAUCUUCAGAUCCUCUGUUAAGUCUUUGCUAUCACUGCUAUCAGCAGUACCUUGUUGUUGACCUACAAAAGCGCUCCAUCUAUGCCAAUGUUAGAUUGAAAUAAAACCUUAGUGCCAUGCCAUAACAUUACGCUGUUGUGUGCCCCUUUCAUAUUUUCAGCCUUAAAACGGUGCCAGAACUGGGAAAUCUGAUGGUCUAAAAUGCCUCAAAAACUCAAGUUACACAAGAGUAGCCACUACAUUGAGCUGGGGAGUUACCAGUAUUGGCCAGUUCUGGUGCCAAGGGGAAUCCGCCUGUACACAUUUGAACAGAUCCCGUUAUUCUUGAAAGAAAACCCUUACAUUACAGAUGGAUACAGAGCACACUUGACAUCAAAACUCUGUUUAAAAAGGUAUGUGAAAUCAAGAGAAUAAGCCUAGUUGUUGUAGCUUCAGUUUGAGAAAUAUAUAGCUAGUUGUUGUGUAGCCUGGUCCCGGAUCUGUACUGUCUUGCCAACUCAUAUGGUCCUCGUCACACCAAACAAAAUGACCAUAGCAGUUGGCAAGACAGCACAAACAGAUCUGGAACCAGGCUAGUUGUUGACAGUGUUGUGUAUUGUUUUCCACCCCUCUAGCAUAUUUGUGCUGUCCAAUGAGACAGUCAACAUAUGGACUCAUCUGUUGGGCUUCCUCCUGUUCUUCCUACUGGGGGUGAAUGAUAUGUCUAUUGUCCUGCCAGCUUCAGGUGCCAACAGAGAAGACUAUGUCAUCUACUGCAUAGGACUAUUCUGCUUUCAGGUGUGUGUGUGUGUGCGUGCGUUUGGGUGUGUGUGACAGAGGUCACAGCUAUCUGUCUGAUGUCCAUGAAAAUCUUUAGCUACUUUGCUUUUGUGCCUACACACCUGUAAUGUUCUAUUCUGCAGCUCUGUGUUUAGUACUGGUAUAUUACCUGUUGUGUUUCUAGGUGUGCAUGCUGUGUUCAGUGGGGUAUCACCUCUUUUCCUGCCACCGCUCAGAGAAGACGUGUCACCGCUGGUUGGCACUGGACUAUGCUGGAAUCUCUGUGGGAAUCCUGGGCUGUUACAUUCCAGGGGUCUUCUAUGCCUUCUACUGCAACAUUGUAUGUUGGACAAUAUAAUAUACAUUUCAGCCCAUUGUUUUUAUUUCACCCAUGCUGGUAUAUACUUUUUUUUUUUUUUUGCCCAUAGAAAGAUCUAAAGAUGUAGCCUUGUGAAACCAGACUGAUCCAUCUGGCUAAUACCUACAUAAACUGGCUCUGAAAUGAAAUCUCUCUCUCACUCUCUCUCUAGUUCUGGAGACAGGUGUACCUGGUGACUGUUCUAGCGUUGAUAUUGGCCAUAUUCUCGGCUCAGAUCCAUCCUCACUACCUCUCUAAGGAGUGGCACCACCUGCGGACCGCCAUCUUCUGCUCCGUGGCUGGCUACGGGGUCAUCCCAGCUGUCCACUGGGUCUGGCUCAAUGGAGGCUUCAGCUCUGCUGUCGUCCAGGUGAAGCUGCAGAAUUUUUAUAAAAACAUAAAAAGUUGAUGUAUUACAAAGAUGACAUACAUACAAAUAUUUAUAAAUACAAAUAUUACAAUGCCACAAAAUAUUAUGCAAAGGAGUGACGUUUGUCUUACUGUAUGUCCUCUCUGCAGUUGUUCCUCCCUCGUGUGAUUGUGAUGUAUUUGAUAGCUGGAGCUGCCUUCCUCUUUUACAUCUCUAAAAUCCCAGAACGCUGCUUCCCAGGUGAGCCUUCAUGACUUCAUGCUUUUGACUUCAUGAUUUUGACCCAUUUAUAAGACAUUUAUAACAUAACAUUAUUUCCAUUUGUUACUGUACACUGAGUGUACAAAAUAUUAGGAACACCUGUUCUUUCCAUGACAGACUGACCAGGUGAAUCCAGGUGAAAGCUAUGAUCCCUUAUUGAUGUCACCUGUUAAAUCCACUUCAAUCAGUGUAGAUGAAGGGGAGGAGACAGGUUAAAUAAUGAUUUUUAAGCCUUGAGACAUGGAUUGUGUAUGUGUGCCAUUCAGAGGGUGAAUGAGCAAGACAAAAUAUUUCAGUUCCUUUGAAUGGGGUAUGGUAGUAGGUGCCAGGCGCACCGGUUUGAGUGUAUCAAGAACUGUAACACUGCUGGGUUUUUCACGCUCAACAGUUUCCUGUGUGUAUCAAGAAUGGUUCACCACCCAAAGGACAUCCAGCUAACUUGACACAACUGUGGGAAGCAUUGGAGUCAACAUGGGCCAGCAUCCCUGUGGAUGGCUUUCAUCACCUUGUAGACUCCAUGCCCUGACAAAUUGAAGUGUUCUGAAGGCUAAAGGGGGUGAAACUCAAUAUUAGGGUGUUCCUAAUGUUUUGUACACUCAGUGUAUAUGUCAGUCACCUUUUUUUGCCAACUUAUGAUUGGCCAAAUAGCCUCUGUCUUCAAUUUCUUUAUUCCAAUCUCAAAAAACCUUUGAACACAAUAUUUGAAGUGACCUUUUGAUGACCCUGUGAUGCCCUUUGACCUCCACAGGUCAGCUGAACUAUCUGGGUGCCAGCCACCAGGUGUGGCAUGUCCUGGUAGUGUUUAUGUUCUACUGGUGGCACCAGACUGCAGUGUAUAUCAUGAAAUUCAGACACAGCCAGCCCUGCCCUCCUCUCUACACCAGCAGUGGCUAGCUGGAGCCACACAGACUAGCAUCCAGCCCCCAAGCAGCCACAGCCUGUACUGUAGCCACUCAAUGCAAUCAAACCAGACUACAGAC